AUGGACUCCAGACGGGCAGCAGUGCUGCUGCUGCUGUUAAUAACAGACUGGGGCCGCGCUGAAGGACCAGGGGGCCGGGAUGAAGGAGACCAGAGCUUCACGGUAAGUCAGCAUGCCCACCCCCUUGUCACCAUUUUCCUGUACCUCAGCUUGAGAAUUGUACUCCAGGUUCAAAUACUCCCUGGCUGCCAGGGUCACUGGGUCCUCACAUCUGAGAAAAUGACUCCUUAGCCUCCUACAACUUGCCCCCGGAAGCCACUCCCUUCCCCUCGUGACCUAAACGCCCAAGGCCUUAGCCCAUCUUCCUUCCCGGAUGCCCCUGUACCACAGGAGGAAGACCGUGGCGCUCGCCCACUGCAGGAUGCCCAGACCCCCGGGGCACUCUUGCGCUCCCUGCUCCAGGCCAUGCAGAGACCCAGCCGGAGUCCAGCCUUCCUGUUUCAGCCCCAGAGGUUUGGCAGAAACACCCGGGGCUCCUGGAACAACGAAAGGCUGAGCUCCCCAUUCUGGAGCCUGGCUGCCCCUCAGCGCUUUGGGAAGAAGUGACAUGCCAUCCUUUGAUGUUUGCAUGCAAGGCCCACACCCGAAAGUGCCACGUGUCCCCCCAAAUAAAGCUGUCUGGCUUCUGAA